CGACACGGCACCAACAUGGGCAGCAGACACUCGAAGGCAAACAAGUCCAACCCGACGACACCCAGCAAGAGACGAACGUCAUCGCGUCACACGCCUCGCACGCCAACGUCAGCAACGACACCGCGCUACCUGCCUCGUACGCCAACAACGACCCCGACUCGCUACACGAAGCUUCUCAAGCCGGAGCCAUCGCCGGAGCCGCCUCUUGCUACUUUCACGUUGAACAUCGAGGCCCUCGCGCCGCUCCAGAGCACGUACUUUAUCGCGCCAAACGAGAUCGUACCGAUCCGACCGAUCGAUUCUUCGUACUUGCGUACCGAGAUGAGCAACUGGUGUGGCCAGCCCGUCCUUGUCAAGUCAGUUGACAGCUCCAAGACGGCAGCCGAACAAGACGUCAUGCGCCAGAAGCUCACGGCCGAAAUCACGUCCAUGACGCGCAUGUCGCAUCCCAACAUUGUCCAAUUUCUUGGGUUUUCGACGACGCCGGCCAACGAUUUGUGCUGCGUCACCGAGUACGUCGAAGGCCGUACGCUGCGCCACCUCCUCAACACGCCCAAGGCAUUUGCCAAGCUGUGCUGGUCAUCCAGCAAGCUCUCGCUGGCCAUCGACAUAGCCUCCGCGCUCGCGGCCAUGCACGCGCUCAAGCCGACGCUCAUUCAUCGCAACGUCAAGGCGUCCAAAGUGCUUUUGACCAACCGGCAUGUGGCCAAGCUCAGCGGGUUUGGUGCUGCACGCGACCAGACGUUCGAGUACGACAUGACGAGCGGCGUGAGUGAUUUGCAGUGGUCGGCGCCCGAGCUGCUCAUGGACGGCGAAGACUACAACGAAAAGAUCGAUGUGUACGCGUUCGGGAUGCUCUUGACCGAGAUCGACACGGGCGACAUCCCGUUUGCGACUGAAAUGGCGACGAUGAAGCAAGCAGAACUCGCGAUGAAGCUCGCCGCCGGUGCGAUCCGCCCCAAGCUCUCACCGUCGUGCCCAAUGCGCAUCCAAAAGAUCGCGCUCUCGUGUCUCCAGCACGACAAGCACCUGCGACCAAGUAUCGCCAUCGUCUUGCGCCAUUUGCAACAAGUGCAACUCUCGACGUUGGCGGCCCGCGGUCAGAAGUAGUCAAGUAAUAGUCUCCGUUCGUUCCGUCUCAAUAUUUCUAUUUUAUUAUCAUACAAGAGUUCAUCGGCGCC